AUGGUGGUAGUUUUCUUGCUGGGACUAAGUUAUUUGUGCUCUCCCCUGGGAGCCUUGGUUCUGGAUUCUAAUACCAUCAAGAGUUCUGCUGAGGUACAAGACCCUCGGAAGGGUUCUUCACAGUGCUUGAAUGACAAAGAUUGUGGUUCCAAAAAAUUCUGCCUCAAAUCCAGAGAUGAAAAGCCAUUCUGUACAAUGUGCCGGGGGUUACGGAGACGAUGCCAGCGGAAUGGCAUGUGUUGCCCAGGGACUCUCUGUGUCAAUGAUGUUUGUACACUCAUUGAGGAGACAACCCCAAUCCUGGAGAGAAAUGAUGGCCAAGAAGGCUUGGAUUCCAAGGUGACAACUCAGCAUCCAAUUCAAGAAAGCAAACCCAAAAAGAAGCCCAACAUUAACAGAUCCCAAGGCAGCAAAGGGCAAGAAGGCGAAAGCUGUCUACGAACUUUUGACUGCAAUCCUGGACUUUGCUGUGCUCGUCAUUUUUGGACAAAAAUUUGUAAGCCAGUCCUCCUGGAGGGGCAAGUUUGUUCUAGACGUGGCCAUAAAGAUGGUGCUCAAGCUCCAGAAAUUUUCCAGCGUUGUGAUUGUGGUCCUGGACUGUUUUGCCGAAGUCAAAGUACUGGGCCUCGAAAACAUUCACGUUUAAGAGUCUGCCAAAAAAUCUAGUCUUCAAAUACUUGGAAU